AUGAACAUUUCUUUCUUAGAUCUUUCUCACAACAAACUUAGUGGACCUUUGACAAACCUUCCUAGUGGAGGAAUUUCUCGUGUAUUAUUUCUAGAAGAUAACCUUUUCAGUGAGUCGAUUCCAAGGUCAUUGUGCAGAAGGACAAAUUUGCAAUUUCUUGAUCUUUCGAAAAAUAGGUUAACUGGGAGAAUUCCGAAGUGCCUUGAGAAUUUGAAAACUUUGGCUACAAUGAUAUUUAGCUCAAAUCAGCUGUCUGGUGUCAUUCCGAGCUCUGUAGCCCUUACAUCGUUAUGCCGGUUAAACUUGAAUGACAACAACUUUACAGGUGAACUUCCUCUAGAAUUGGGGAAUUUACGAUGUUUAAAUGUUUUAGAUUUGGGUGAUAAUAGAUUCACUGGGAAUAUACCCAAGUGGAUAGGAGAAAACCUUACGUCAUUGAUGGUUUUAAGGUUACGUAGAAAUAACUUCACCGGUAGAAUUCCUGAAUCUUUAUGCAUAUCUUCAAAUCUUCGAAUUUUGGAUGUUUCACACAACAAUUUAACGGGUACUAUCCCUCGUUGUUUAGGAGAGUUGAGUGCCAUGGUUGAAAUCAACCCAUUACCUUGGUAUUCUGGAAGUAUCGAUUAUGAUGAGAAUGUAAUUCAAGCCAUGAAAGGUGCUGAUCUUGAAUAUACAACAAAUUGGGAAUUAGUUUAUAACAUGGAUCUUUCAAGCAAUAAACUUGUCGGAGAAAUACCGCUUGAGCUAACUGCACUUUGUACAUUGAUGGGUCUCAAUUUGUCUAAUAAUCAUCUCAGAGGCAGUAUUCCAGGCAACAUUGGAAACAUGAAGAACUUAGAAUCUCUGGAUUUCUCCAACAACGAGUUGAUAGGAAUGAUCCCUUCAAGCAUGGCAGGUUUGAACUUUUUGAGCCAUUUGAAUCUGUCACACAAUAAUUUUUCAGGACGAGUUCCUACAGGAAGUCAACUGCAGACUCUUAUUGAUCCAUCCAUAUAUGAUGGGAACAAAGAUCUAUGUGGACCUCCAUUGCCAAAGAGUUGCUCAAAUCAUCAAGGCCCAACAACUGUUGAGCCCACGAAGAUCCAUCAAUACAAAUUGGAGAAGGAAGCUUUUCAUGUUUGUUGAGAAAACCAUUGACUUGAUACAUGUUGAAGUUGUGGUAAGAGUUGCCAAGUUGAAGAGAGGAAGGAUGGACGCAUAGAUCCUUCGGGAUGCAUGUAAUUACCAAGUAUAUGUUAUAAAUGAUUAGUUUGCUUUUUCCUAUUACCGAUAUUAUGCUUAUUUGUACUAAUAUUUGGAAUCUAUAUGUGUAUGGCAUUUAUAGUACAUGUGUUGUUUAAAAGUGUUAAUUUCGAAUAUUUUUUAAAAUUUGGUAUUUAUACAAGAUCAAGUGUUAGAUUAGAUUCUUGUGGAA